UUUUCCCAGGCCCGACCCAGUAGGUUUUCUCGAUGGGGCUUCCCAGUGUGUGAGCCGGGCGGCCUCCGCUCUGCGGGGCGGGCGGGUUCCAGGUGGGUCCUGGUGCUCCCUCAGGUGGCCGAGUCCAGGGAAAGCAGGCUUCCGCACCGGCUGAGCUGGCUGAGGCCAUGGCGCUGCGGCCCUACCAGUGGGAGGUGAUCAUGCCUGCCCUGGAGGGCAGGAACAUCAUCAUUUGGCUGCCCACGGGCGCAGGCAAGACCCGGGCGGCUGCCUAUGUGGCCAAGAGGCACCUAGAGACGGUGGACAGGGCCAAGGUGGUGGUGCUGGUCAACAGGGUGCACCUGGUGACCCAGCACGCCGAGGAGUUCUGCCUCAUUCUGGAUGGGCGCUGGGCCAUAACUACCUUGAGUGGGGACAUGGGGGCACGGGCUGGAUUCGGCCACGAGGCACAGAAGCACGACGUGGUCAUCUGCACAGCUGAGCUCCUGCAGGCAGCGCUGAGCAGCUCGGAGGAGGAGGAGCACGUGGAACUCACAGCCUUCUCUCUCAUCGUGGUGGACGAGUGUCACCACACGCACAAGGACACUGUCUACAAUGUCAUCCUGAGCCAGUAUCUGGAGCACAAACUGCAGAGGCGCGGGCACCUGCCCCAGGUGCUGGGCCUCACAGCCUCUCCGGGCACCGGCGGGCACGCCAAGCUCCAGGGCGCUGUGGAGCACAUCCUGCAGCUCUGUGCCAACCUGGACACGUGGCGCAUCAUGUCGCCCAAGACCCACCGCCCAGAGCUGCUGGAGCACCGGCCCCGGCCCUGCAAGCAGUAUGACCUGUGCCAGAAGCGGAGUCAGGACCCAUUUGGGGGCUUGAUAAAGAAGCUUAUGGCUCAGAUCCACGACCACCCAGAAAUGCCGGACUUGACCCAAGACUUUGGGACGCAGAUGUAUGAGCAGCAGGUGGUGGAGCUGUGCAAGACAGCCGCAGAGGCUGGGCUCCAGCAGCGCCGCGUACUCGCGCUCCACCUGCGCCGCUACAACGACGCGCUGCUCAUCCACGACACGGUGCGUGCUCUGGACGCCCUGUCCUCGCUGCAGGACUUCUACGACCGGGAGCGCGUCACCAAAAAUCAGAUCCUACACGCGGAGCGCUGGCUGCUAGGCCUGUUCGAUGACCACAAGGAGGAGCUGACCCACUUGGCGACACAUGGCCCCACGAACCCCAAGCUGGACAUGCUGGAGCAGAUCCUGCAGGAGCAGUUCAGAGACCCUACCAACCCACGAGGCAUCGUCUUCACUCGCACCCGCCAGAGCGCCCAGUCCCUGCUGCUCUGGCUGCAGCAGCAGCCCACCCUGGGGCAGGCGGGAAUCAAGGCCCAGAUGCUCAUUGGGGCGGGAAACAGCAGCCAGAGCGCGCACAUGACCCAGAGGGACCAGCAGGAGGUGAUCCGGAAGUUCCGGCUUGGCACCCUGAAUCUGCUGGUGGCCACGAGUGUGGCAGAGGAGGGGCUGGACAUCGCCAAGUGCAACGUGGUGGUGCGCUACGGGCUGCUGACCAACGAGAUCUCCAUGGUCCAGGCACGGGGCCGAGUGCGGGCCAGCCAGAGCGUGUACUCAUUCGUGGCCACAGAGGGUAGCCGGGAGCUGCGGCGUGAGCUGACCAACGAGGUGCUGGAGGCCCUGAUGGAGCAGGCGGUGGAUGUUGUGCAGAAGAUGGACCCAGCUGAGUACCAGGCCAAGAUCCGGGAUCUACAGCUCAAAGCUGUGCUCAAGCGUGCAGCCCGGGCCUCACAGAGAGACAGACAGCGGCGACAGUUCCCCGCAGAGCAUGUGCAGCUCCUCUGUAUCAACUGCAUGGUGGCCGUGGGCACUGGCAGUGACCUGCGGAAGGUGGAGGGCACCCACCAUGUCAACGUGAACCCAAACUUCUCGAUCUACUACACCGUGUCCCGGGAGCCGGUGGUGAUCGACAGAGCCUUCAAGGACUGGAAGCCAGGGGGCGCCAUCAGCUGCCGCAAUUGUGGGGAGAGCUGGGGACUGCAGAUGAUCUACAAGUCGGUGACCCUGCCCGUGCUCAAAGUGCGCAGCCUGCUCCUGGAGACCCCGCAGGGCCGUAUCCAGGCCAAGAAGUGGUCGCGCGUGCCCUUCCCGGUGGACGACUUCGACUUUCUACAGCACUGCGCGGGAACCCUGGCCAACCUCUCCCUGGACUGACUGUCGGUCGCUGCGGUACCUGGCUCGUCCUGAAGGGGGCAGCAGAGUCCGCGGCCGCUCCCCUCUUCUUGGGAGGCACUUGGGUCUGGCCUGGCCCCUUUCCGAGCCGCCAGCGCUGGGCACCCUGGAGACUCGGGUUGGCUCAAGGUCCGGCGCUACGAGGGACACCGUUCAGUGCUGGCCGCUGGCCGCAAGCAUACACUUCUUAUGCGUCGAUUGGAGCCGGGAAGGGGGGACGAGGAUUAUCUAUUAUACCACGAGGACCCCCAACACCCUCCCUGCCAAAGCCACUUCUGGUUCUUGAGACUCUUCAAAAAUUAAAAAUAGAAGGGGCCGGAGAGAUGGCUCAGUGGAAUAAGUGCUUCCUUGGCAAGCACGAG